AUGAAGUUCUUUGCUGCUCUGACCUUUGCCCUCUCAGCCCUGGGCUUAGCAUCUGCUACCAAAUGCUGCGCCGACAAGAGUUGCUCCGGUGAAUGUGUCCCUAUCGCGGGGAUGGAGGGUGAGCUUAUAUCUUGUCCUUUGAAUAAGCCCCAGCCAUGCGAGGGCGAUCCGUAG